CUGGUCGUAGCACAAAGAUGGUGAGCCCUGCGAUGUUGAAGGGGAUGAACACGGAGGUCUAUGGUGAAGGGCACCCCUUCGGGGACCCUUCUUGGUACCAGGCCUACAACACGCCCUACUACAACGACACGCAUAAGCAGUUCCGCAAGCUCAUGCGCGAGUACGUGGACGAGCACAUCAUGAGCAACGUGCACGACUGGGAUGAGAAGGGAACCAUCCCCAAGGAGAUGUACCUGGAAGCGGGCAAGCAGGGCACCCUGGCGCUGUGCAUCGGCCGUCCAUGGCCCGAGAAGUACUUCGGCCCCUCCCCGUGGGGCUUCGAGCCGGACUACUUCCACGAGCUCAUCAUGUACGACGAGAUGUCGCGCACGGGCUCCGUGGGCUUCCAGUGGGGCAUUGCCGGUGGCACCACCAUUGGUCUGCCACCCGUGUAUCACCAUGGCUCGGAGGAGCUGAAGAACCGCGUGAUGCCGCCCUGCGUGAAGGGCGAGAAGGUCUGCUGCCUGGCGAUCACCGAGCCGACCGCGGGCAGCGACGUGGCGAACCUGAAGUGCACCGCCAAGUUGGAGGGCGACUUCUACAUCCUCAACGGUGAGAAGAAGUGGAUCACCAACGGAAUCUUUGCGGACUACUUUACUGUGGCCUGCCGCACUGGCAAGCCUGGUGUGGGCGGCAUCAGCUUGUUGCUGGUGGAGAAGGGCAUGGAGGGCCUCGAGUGCAGGAAGAUGAAGUGCUCGGGUGCCUGGAGCUCCGGGACCACCUACAUCACCUUCGACGACGUCAAGGUGCCCAAGGGCAACCUGCUGGGCAAGGAGGGCAAGGGCUUCCAGUACAUGAUGCAGAACUUCAACCAUGAGCGUUUCGCCUUCUGUGCCAUGAGCACCCGCUUCGCCCGGGUUUGCUUGGAGGAUUCGCUGAAGUUUGCUAGCAAGCGGAAGACCUUUGGGAAGACGCUGAUCCAGCACCCCGUGAUCCGCUGGAAGGUGGCCGAGAUGGCGCGCAUGGUGGAGGCCACCCACAACUGGCUGGAAUGGAUCACCUUCCAGCUGAAGACCAUGCCGAAGAUAGAGGCUGGGAAGAGAGAACACCGAGAAGCUUCAUCAUCCCGACAAAUUGCACACCAGGAACUUUCUGCACAGGAACCAAGAGGCGGGUGUGUUCCGAUAGCAAGAGGCUGGCAGGUUCGAGCGUUUCGAUGGAAACGGAUUUCGGGUGCGUUUCUGGCGGUUUCCUCCGCUCUUUUUUCCAAACUUUGGUCCUCCGUUUUGCUCGAGGCCAUGUUGAAGCUCGGCGGCCACACGGCGCUCUGCAAGGUGCAGUGCACCAAGGUCAUGGAGUACUGCGCGCGCGAGGCCGCGCAGAUCUUUGGCGGCCUGUCCUACAGCCGUGGCGGGCAGGGCGAGAAGGUGGAGCGCCUGAACCGUGAGGUGCGCGCCAUGGCGAUCCCCGGUGGAUCCGAGGAGAUCAUGCUGGACCUCGGUGUGAAGCAGUCAACCAAGCUGGCCGAGAUGGCGAAGAUGUUUGCAGAGGCCGCGCCGCAAGCGCAGCAGGCCAAGAUGUAGAGCUCACUCUUGAGUGGCUGAACAAGGGAAGGGCGGGCGUGGGUGGGCGCUCAGAUGCCUGAACCGGCACUCCAUUCAGCGCUGCUGAAUCGACAUCUCCUGAAGCCCCGGGGCAGGCGCCCAUGGGGUGGGUCUUGAGCAGAGGAUCUUGGAGGGCGAAGGUUGAAGGCUCCAAUCGGUGGC